AUGGCGGGACGGGCCGAGACGCGAACCCCUGAGCCGCCCGACCGCGACGAACACGAAGAUUCACCUCCACGAUUGGCGAGGCCGAAACGCACCACAAGGCCACCAAAUAACUAUGCUCGAGAGCAAGAGAUCGACAACGACCAGAGAACGACACGCUCUCAGCUGAGGAAGAAAACGCAAGACAAGCCAGCAACUCAACGUGACGCGGUCAUUUCGGACGACUCCGCUACGGAGAGCGAGGACCUCAACACCGCUACACUCGUGAAAGAGCUCAUUAAACUCCGGCGAGAGAUCAGGCGACGCGAUGAAUUGCACAAGGAAGAGCUCCAAAAGGUCAAAGAUGAAUUCAGCGCCGCCCUUGCCGAAGUUCGACAUGAGCUACAGACCCUGACGGAUAGGCCCCUGACACUGCAAUCCCACACCGAGACAUGCGCUCAGAACAACCAUGAUGAGAUCCUCCGCGAGAUUCAAUCCCUGCGCGAUGCCAUCAGCCCUUCCGUUCCUACUGGCUCCCCGUCCUAUGCAGAUGUCGCCCGCACUCCUCCACUUAGUCACCCGAGUAACAUACGGACGCUCUCGACGUCAAAUACAACACCGACCACGUUCACCGACACAUUGUAUUGCACAAUAGACACCUCGAGGAUGGCAGAAAAUGGAAACGAGAGGAUGUCCGCAGGCCCUAUCCGGGCGACGGUUGAGACAGAGAUCCGGAAGAUGGAAGACCACAUACACUGGCGUUGUCGCGCCGUCACUGUGGACCCGAAGAACACGAACCGGAUCAGAAUAGCGUGUCGCGACGAAGCCGAACACCAGUUAGUCAAGAAAGUGGCGGAGGCAAAGAUCGGUGCGGGAGCCAGGGUCCUUCGGGACGAGCUCUACCCGAUCAAAGUCGAUAGCGUCAACAAAGCCGCAGUGCUAGAUGAAAAUGAUGAGAUCCGAGCCGGAGCUGCGGCAGCCUUCAGCGAGGAGAACGAAGCUACCGUGGCUAAAAUCGCAUGGCUCAGUGGCAAGGAGAAUGCGAAGGCCUAUGGAUCAAUGGUCGUUUACCUUACUAAAGGUACUGACGCACGGAGACUCCUGGCCGAGGGGUUCUUUCACGCUGGAGGAGAGUCUGGUGUGACCAGCACCUUUGAAUAUCGACCACGACCGAUGCAAUGCUAUAACUGCCAGGAGAUUGGCCACAAGGCGUUCCAGUGUAAGAACGUCCAGAGUGCGUCCCAUGCGGAGGCCCACAUGAAUCGUACAGCAAAAACUGCCGGAAACUCUAUCCGCCACGUCAUGAAUAAAACCCUCCGAAUAAUCCAAUUGAAUGUGAGGAAACAGGGAGCGGUACAUGACAGCUUGAUGAACGACGAAGAAACCCAGGGGGCAGUGGCGUUAGCGAUUCAAGAACCCCAAGCGAGGAGAAUCCAAGGCCGGCUUUUGACAACCCCGAUGGGACAUCACAAAUGGACGAAACUGGUUCCCUCUACCUGGAGGGAAGGCCGAUGGGCAAUCCGGAGUAUGCUGUGGAUCAAUCGGGAUGUGGAAGCGGAGCAAGUGUCGAUCGAGUCGCCGGACCUGACUGCGGCGGUCAUCCGCCUUCCCGAGCGCCUGAUAUUUAUGGCAUCAGUCUACGUAGAGGGAGGAGAUGCCGCGGCAUUGCUCGAAACAUGCGAUCACCUACGCAAAGCGAUCACAGAGGUACGGCGGCACACAGGCACAGCGUUGGAGAUCAUAAUUGUGGGAGAUUUUAACCGUCAUGAUCAACUCUGGGGAGGAGACGACGUGUCUUUGGUAAGGCAGGGCGAAGCGGACCCAAUCAUCGACUUCAUGAAUGAAUUUGCACUCAGCAGUCUACUCAAACGAGGAACAAAGACAUGGCAUGGCGCAGGACAGAGUGGGGAUUGCGAAUCCACGAUCGACCUCGUCCUGGCCUCGGAAAACCUAGCAGACUCCAUGGUUAAGUGUGCUAUACUUGGGACAGAGCAUGGGUCGGAUCACUGCACCAUUGAGACCGCAUUCGAUGUCCCAUGGAAGCCCCCAACGCAUCAGGAACGACUCCUGCUGAAAAACGCCCCAUGGAAAGAAAUCAAUAUUAGGAUUGCGAACUCCCUAGCCGCUAGUCCGUUGGAGGGCACCGUGCAGCAGAAAACCGAUCGACUAGUGUCCGCGGUCUGGGAAGCGGUGCAUGCAUUGACACCGAAGGCUAAACCGUCACCACACGCAAAGCGAUGGUGGACAGAUGACUUGACACAGCUCCGUCAAAUAUACACAUAUUGGAGAAAUCACGCCCGCUCGGAGCGACGGGCGGGACGAAAGGUCCCCCGUCUAGAAGAGAUGGCCCAAGGCGCAGCCAAGCAAUAUCACGAUGCCAUCCGGCAACAAAAGAAAAAGCACUGGAAUGAAUUCCUGGCAGACAACGAUAACAUAUGGAAAGCCGCCAAAUACCUAAAGUCGGGAGACGACGCAGCGUUUGGGAAGGUCCCGCAGCUCCUGAGAGCAAACGGAACGACCACCAUCGAUCACAAGGAGCAAGCAGAAGAAUUACUGACCACAUUCUUUCCGCCUCUGCCGGAGAUUAUUGACGAUGAAGGGACGAGACCAGAAAGAGCACCGGUAGAAAUGCCAGCGAUCACGAUGGAAGAGGUAGAGCGGCAACUGCUCGCGGCGAAGUCUUGGAAAGCGCCUGGCGAAGACGGCCUGCCGGUGAUAGUCUGGAAGAUGACGUGGUCCACGGUCAAGGACAGGGUUCUCAAUCUGUUCCAAGCCUCGCUGGAAGGAGGCACGUUGCCAAGGCAGUGGAGACACGCGAAGAUCAUACCGCUCAAAAAGCCGAAUAAAGAGAACUACAACAUUGCCAAAGCAUGGAGACCAAUUUCGCUCCUCGCGACGCUGGGCAAGGUAUUGGAGUCAGUGGUUGCAGAAAGAAUCUCACACGCGGUGGAGACGUACGGCCUGCUCCCGACCAGCCACUUCGGAGCCCGAAAACAGCGGUCUGCGGAACAAGCACUUGUGUUUCUGCAAGAGCAAAUCUACACGGCGUGGCGCGGCCGACGGGUAGUGAGCUUGAUCAGCUUCGAUGUGAAAGGAGCCUACAAUGGAGUGUGCAAAGAACGAUUGCUUCAAAGGAUGAAAGCGCGAGGCAUACCGGAGGACCUGCUCCAGUGGGUUGAGGCGUUCUGCUCGGAACGAACGGCGACCAUCCAGAUCAAUGGGCAAUUGUCUGAGGUACAAAGCCUGCCACAGGCUGGGCUGCCGCAGGGUUCGCCGCUGUCUCCGAUCCUAUUCCUCUUCUUCAACGCAGACCUCGUACAACGACAGAUCGACAGCCAGGGCGGAGCAAUCGCGUUCGUGGAUGAUUUCACGGCGUGGGUGACCGGACCAACGGCACAGAGUAAUCGGGAAGGUAUUGAAACAAUUAUCAAUGACGCACUCGACUGGGAGAAACGGAGCGGAGCAACUUUUGAGGCAGAAAAAACAGCCAUCAUACACUUCGCUCCCAAGGCUCACAAAACCGACCAGGAGCCUUUCACUAUCAAGGGACAGACCGUUGUGCCGAGAGACCAUGUCAAGAUCUUGGGGGUUCUCAUGGACACGAGACUCAAGUACAAGGAACAUAUCGCGAGGGCAGCGUCCAAAGGCUUGGAGGCAGCGAUGGAGCUUCGGCGACUUCGCGGCCUAACGCCAGCAACCGCACGGCAGCUGUUUACAUCAACGGUGGCCCCGGUGGUAGACUACGCUUCUACCGUCUGGAUGCACGCUUGCAAGGACAAGGCCAGCGGGCCGAUCAACCGAGUCCAAAGGGUGGGAGCGCAAGCAAUUGUAGGGACGUUUCUCACAGUUGCGACCAGUGUUGCGGAGGCAGAGGCUCACAUUGCCGCUGCACAACACCGUUUUUGGAGACGGGCCGUGAAAAUGUGGACGGACAUUCACACCCUUCCCGAAACCCACCCACUACGGAAGAGCACAGCCUGCAUGAAGAAAUUCAGGAGAUACCACCGUUCGCCGCUGUACCAGGUAACGGACGCACUGAAUAAUAUUGAGAUGGAGACACUGGAAACCAUCAACCCGUUCACAUUAGCACCGUGGGAGACUCGCGUGCAGACCGAUGUUGAAGCAAUGCCGGACCCACACACUGCAUCUGGCGGGUCAAUACAGAUUGCAGUCAGCAGCUCAGCACGGAACGGCCUCGUAGGGUUUGGAGUGGCGAUUAAGAAGCAGCCACCUCGAUAUCGGAAGCUGAAACUGAAGACCUUUUCCGUGACACUAGGCGCAAGAUCAGAGCAAAAUCCAUUUUCCGCGGAGCUAGCAGCAAUGGCACACGUGUUGAACAUGCUUGUGGGACUGAAAGACUACAGGAUCAUGCUGCUCACGAGCAACAGAGCGGCCGCCCGUACGAUAGCGAAUCCCCGACAACAGUCGGGGCAGGAUUUCAUCCGCCAAACGUACAGGUUGAUGAAAAGACUGCAGAGAAACGGAAACCACAUCAACAUCUUGUGGGUCCCCACCAGCAAAGACAAUAAAUUGCUAGGACUAGCCAAGGAGCAGGCCAGGAAUGCGACCUAG